GUCUCCUUAAGGGCUGUUACUUCUCGCUUCUUGCUAGCCUAACCCACCGCUGCUUGUUAUUUUCUUCAACAAGAUGGCUGUCGUUCCUGAGAGCAGAGUCCUCACUUUCAGCGUUUUUAAAUGGAGCUCUUACUCCUCUACAUAUUUACCAGAGAAUAUCUUAGUGGACAAACCUAAUGAUCAGUCUUCAAGAUGGUCUUCUGAGAGCAACUACCCUCCACAGUUUUUAAUCUUAAAAUUGGAAAGGCCGGCCAUUGUUCAGAGCAUCACCUUUGGGAAGUAUGAGAAGACUCACGUCUGCAACCUGAAGAAGUUUAAAGUGUUUGGUGGGAUGAGUGAAGAAAACAUGACAGAGCUUUUGUCCAGUGGCCUUAAGAAUGACUACAACAAGGAAACUUUCACCUUAAAGCACAAGAUCGACGAGCAGAUGUUUCCCUGCAGAUUUGUUAAAAUAGUGCCUCUGAUGUCUUGGGGUCCUAGUUUUAAUUUCAGCAUCUGGUACAUUGAGCUACAUGGUAUAGAAGAUCCUGAUGUGGUGCAGCCCUGCCUAAACUGGUACAGCAAGUACAGAGAACAGGAAGCCAUCCGCCUUUGCCUCAAGCACUUCCGACAGCAUAACUACACAGAGGCGUUUGAGUCGCUGCAGAAGAAGACUCGGAUAGCACUGGAGCACCCGAUGCUCACCCACCUGCAUGACCGGCUGGUGCUGCAAGGAGACUUUGACGCCUGUGAGGAGCUCAUUGACAAAGCUGUGAGAGACGGUUUAUUUAACCAGUAUAUCAGCCAGCAGGAGUACAAGCCCAGGUGGAGUCAGAUCAUCCCCAAAUGCAACAAAGGUACAAGCGCCCAAGAAAUCAACAGAGAAGACAUGAACAGUGACGGCGAUGACAAUAGGCCGGGUAUGAGGGGAGGACAUCAAAUGGUCAUUGACGUCCAGACUGAGACCGUUUACCUGUUUGGGGGCUGGGACGGCACACAGGACCUGGCUGACUUCUGGGCUUACAGUGUUCAGGAGAACCAGUGGGCCUGCAUCUCCAGAGACACAGAGAAAGAGAGUGGUCCGAGUGCUCGUUCAUGCCACAAGAUGUGUAUCGACUCCCAGCGACGUCAGAUCUACACGCUGGGCCGCUACCUGGAUUCCAGUGUCAGGAACAGCAAGUCUCUGAAGAGUGAUUUCUACCGCUAUGACAUUGAUGCCAACACCUGGACACUACUCAGCGAGGACACGUCAGCAGACGGAGGGCCAAAGUUGGUAUUUGACCACCAGAUGUGCAUGGACUCAGAGAAACACAUGAUCUACACGUUUGGUGGUCGGAUCCUGACAUGUAACGGCAGCGUGGAAGACAGUCGGACAUCAGAGCCUCAGUUCAGCGGCCUGUAUGCCUACCACUGCCAGGCAGGAACGUGGAGCCUCUUGCGGGAAGACUCUUGUAACGCUGGGCCAGAGGACAUCCAGUCACGUAUUGGCCACUGCAUGCUCUUCCACACUAGAAACCGCUGUCUGUACGUGUUUGGAGGUCAGAGGUCAAAGACUUACCUCAAUGAUUUCUUCAGCUACGAUGUGGAUGGAGACCAUGUAGAAAUCAUAUCUGAUGGCACUAAGAAGGACUCAGGCAUGGUGCCAAUGACGGGCUUCACCCAGAGAGCCACCAUCGACCCCGAGCUCAAUGAGAUCCACGUCCUGUCAGGCCUCAGCAAAGAUAAGGACAAACGCGAAGAGAACGUCCGCAACUCCUUCUGGAUCUACGACAUUGCCCGCAACAACUGGUCAUGUGUGUAUAAGAAUGAUCAGGCAGUGAAAGAAAACCCAAGCAAGGCUCUGCAGGAGGAGGAGCCGUGUCCACGCUUCGCACACCAGCUGGUCUACGAUGAGAUGCACAAGGUGCACUACCUGUUUGGUGGAAACCCUGGGAAGUCUUGUUCUCCUAAGAUGCGCCUGGACGACUUCUGGUCCCUCAAACUGUGUCGGCCCUCUAAGGAGUACCUGCUCCGCCACUGCAGAUACCUUAUCAGGAAAUACAGGUUUGAGGAAAAAGCACAAUCAGAGCCACUGAGUGCAUUAAAAUACCUGCAGAAUGACCUUUCACUGACGGUGGACCACACAGACCCCGACGAGACCAAAGAGUUCCAGCUUCUGCCCUCGGCUCUCUUCAAGUCCAGCUCUGACUUCAUCCCUCUGGGUUUCUCCGAUGUAGACCAGACGUACGCUCAGCGGACACAGCUCUUCGACACACUUGUCAACUUCUUCCCAGACAGCAUGACACCGCCCAAGGGCAACCUGGUAGACCUAAUCACGCUCUAGCCCCCACCCCGCCAUCUCACCCACAGGACUGACUGCACAUCUAUUCAUCCAUGCGCCUGAUGGGAUGGAGGAGACCGAGACCAGCUAUUUUUCUACUCCUGAACCCCGCUGGUGGGACCUCCUGCUGUCACAGUCUGCAUUACACUGUGCUAUUUGGAUAUGAGUGAAACUCCACGACCUGAGGUGUAUGUGUUUUUCUUUUCCCAAGAUAUCUCUUUAGUUUUUUGGGGGUUUUUUCGCCCACAGUCAACCACAGGCGUCCAUCCACGUUUGGAGCAAAACAGAUGAUGAGAUUACGUCUGUUCAGCCCAAUUGUUGUGAAAGUUCAGUUCAGAUUCACUGGUUGUUAAUUUAUUUGAAGACAGGACUGUAUGACCAUGACACAGGAAACUGCUUCACUCCUUACAGCUACAGGCUCUUCUGUCUGUUCUUUUGGUAACCUUUCAGCACCUCCUGCACAAUCUCAUUUAAACUGUCAAUUUGAUGAUGUGGUUGGCUCGCUUUUCUGCCGCAGAUGCCCCUAAUUAUGUCCCUGACUGUCUUGCAGAGGCAAAGCCAAUUUAAUAGUGCUGUAGUAACAACAGAGGAGUGAUCCUAUGAGAUAAAGUUGAAUACAUAUCUACCUGUUUUAUAUUGGUUUGGGUUGUUAUCCCUGUAAAACUGGCUGGUAAAGUUGAAUUUACUCCAGGAGACAGAAGGUGAAGUUCCACUGUUUUCCUCACUAGUUAAUGGACUUAAUUCCAAGUAAGAUGGUGUACAAAAUAUGUAAAUAUACAUAUACAGGACAUUUUUGGAUUGUGCUGGAUCAUGUUCUUUCUUGUUUUGCUUUGUCAAAAAGUCAGGGUCCACAUUCAGUAACGUUCUGGCUCUACAUUUAAUACUCAUUAUUACUUAUUGGGAAUAAUUUCAAACAAUUUAUAUGUGUGUGUGAAUGAAGUGCUGCUGCCAGUAUUCCAAUUUGACAAUUAGAGUAAGAAAAGGCAUGUUGUAUCACUGUGUGUUGACAGGAUGGUCACUCAGUGUGGGUGAAUUAGUGGUUGAAAAGUGGUUAAUGGGAAACUCUAACUUUUAACUUGGACCUAUUUUCCUAUGUUUUUGUUUCUAAGUGUCUCAUGGGAACAACAAAUUUUGAAAUUGGUCCAGUAUUGAGUGAGCGCGCUGCAGCCAGCAGUGGCGAAACAGGCUACAGUGUAACCACUCGUGGCAGGUGCGCCUCAUCAAUUUACAUACACUAAAAGUGCUUGCUUUUGCCAUUGACAGAUUUAGAGUGUUAUCAUAAGUGUCUGACAACAUUACGCAAAGGAUCCUACAGAAAAAUUAAAUGUUUUUCUGCACCUUUCAUUUGUUCCAGUCUGUUUUGUGUCCAAGACUCACUGACAAAGAAGUCCCAUUCUGAAAUCUCUUGAGAGGUGAAUUGUUGCAGGCUAACAAAUAGGGUUGCAGCGAUAUACCAGUUUCAAGGUACACCGUGAAAUAAAAAAUGAUGUUUAUUAUUACAUUUGCAUAUCUACGAUAUUGAAAAGAAAAUGCAACUGGACAGAUAAUCUCGCUUUUAUUUUAGUUAUUUUCUAAGGGGAGACUUUUUACACAUACUUCAAUAACAAAAUGUUGUCAAGUUUCAGUUAUAGUAAUAAAACGUUUGUUCAACCAACAAUAGCCCUUCUGUUUUCAUUUGUUUAAGGGUCAUUCUGACUGAUAAUAUAAAUUCAGUAAUACUAUGAUACCGUGAAACCACAAUAUUUUCUUAGUUAUUGUACUGUGAAAACCUUUCAUCCCUACUCCCCAUAUUUCAACCCUACUACCAAAGAGGUCUUGUUCUAAAAUCCUACAAGAGGUGACUUGUUGCAGGCUAACAAAAGAAGUCUGGUUCUAAUGUCUUAUGAGAGGUGACUUGUUGACUUGGCUUACAAAGACAUCUCGUUCUAAAAUCUUCUGAAAGGUGACUUGUUGCAGGCUAGCAAAGAAUUCUCUUUCUAAAAUCUUAUGAGAGAUGACUUUUUGCAGGCUAGCUAAGAAGUCCCGUUGUAAAAUCUUGGGAGAGGCGAGCUGUUGCAGGCUAACAAAGAAGUCCAGUUCUACAAUCUUACGAGAGGUGACUUGUUGCAAGCUACCAAAGUCUCUUUCUAAAAUCUUAUGAGAGGUGAUUUGUUGCUGGAAAAAAACAGUGGAAACUUUAGUGAAAAUUGGAAAGAGGAGUGCAGGUAAUAGUGUGUUGUGUUGGAGAAAAGAAAGUGUACCUUACUCUUAUCUAAAAGAUUUUCAGUGUCAUGGCUGAAACCUGAAGCUGAAGCUGACUUCCACUAUGUGAAAAAGUCUGCAAGAUUUCAGUAUGAGACUUCUCCUUAAGCAAAAUGUGAACACAAAACAGCAAAAGGUACAGGAAACCAUUGAAUUUUUCUUUAGGGUCUUUUCUGCAAUGUUGUCAGUCACUUCUGGUAACAAUCUGAGUCUGUCAGUGACAGAAACAAGCACUUUUGAUGGAUAUAAAUUGACAACACACACCUGCCCUCAGUGGUUACAAUGCAGCCUGUUUCUCUGCUGCGGCUGCAGGGCUCUCUCUCAAUACUGGACCAAUUUAAAAAAAAAUUGACCCACAAGUCACUUGGCCACAAAAACACUGGAAAAUAGAGCUUGGGUUGAAAACCACUUAAGUUUCCCUUUAAGCAGAAGCAGCCAAGCCUCUACAUAAUCAAAUAAAACUAUGUCAUGUACAAACUUGUCUGGUAUUAUGGCACAUGGCCACUCGCCAACAAAAUGAUCAUCAUUCAAAGGCUUAUUUAUUAUUCAUGAUAAUGACAACAUGAUACUUGAUUCACUGAUAUAGGAGCUGCUACUGUGUGUGCAAGAAAACUGUAGAAGGUUCCUACCAGCACAGUAAUUCUGAUGUCUCUCACAGUUAAAGGAAAAACUCCUGUCAUGUCAAAUAUAGGUUGUAACAUUGCUAAACAGAAAAACAAAAAAAGAAAAUUUCAGGUGAAGAAAAGUAUGCUGUCAAGUUUAAAGCAAGUUUUCUUAUGUAUGAAUUACCAGAAGUGGUAAGGGUGGUGUUUGUGUUUGCCAGCAGACAGGUGAGCUCAUUUCAGAUACUGCUCAGAUCCUCAGAAGGAGGUUGAAAGUGAGACUCAGCUACAAAAGAAUAAGACAAGGACACUUUAGAGGGUCCUAAGUCUGACUGCAGGACUGCCUCUUGCUCAUAGAUGCGCGGUGUGCUUCUUAGCUGAAGUUUAAAAAAAUUUCACUCUGCUGUCACCAAAUCAUUAUUGAGGUCCAUGUUCACUUUUGCUGAUUGUCAGUUUCCUUGUCUAUUGUCCUCAAUGACUCACAGUAAGACACUAACAAUUUUUUCACUUAAAAUGUUAUCAAUAACAUCCCAUCAACAAGAGCCAGUGUUCACUGUUUAGGUAAAACUUAAAUUAUUGUCUCUCUUAAUCCUACAUUUAAACUGUCAAACAGAACAACACUACAUAACCUGUCAUCUCAAGGCGGCUGCUAUGACUGUUAUCCCCAAUCUGUACAUCAUCAGGGUAUAAUUUACAGGAGCAGGACUUUUUCUGUCUAUGAGCUUUAAGAACACUAAAGGCAAAAGACAUCAACAGGAGGGCUGAGCUGGCCUAAAAGCUGGUGUGUUAGAUGUGUAAAUUGAUGGUAAAUUUAAAGAUCCUGUUGAACACUAUUUAAAAUUGAGGGUCACAUGUGGAAUCAGAGUGAAAUGUAGUGUUUGACUUACAGAAGCUAACUGAUAUUUAAAGAUCAGACAUGAGCCUGUUAACCUGCGAGUCUCUCUUUAAUGGCAUUUUAUAGACAUUUAUUGCACUUGUUUUGAAAUUGAAGGACCAUUCUGUUGUUUUGCAAGUCAUUAAACGUUAUGCACUGUUAAGUUAAAGCAAGCCUGUGGUAAUAAGGAAAGCUUGCUAACAUUAGCCAUCAUUAGCUUUUGCUCAUACCUGACCACGAAGACUGUUGUAGUGAACAAGAGUGAGUUGCUUUUGUACUCAGCUUUUCAUUUGGAAGAGGAGGAAUGCAAAUCACUUGUAACUUAAAACAGUAAUGCCACUUGUACAAAAACCAAAGCAGACAUGAUGUUCACUGUGAUGAGUUCCCUAUGUCACUAGUGAAAAUGGGUUUUUUAUAUUGUGCUGAAGUGAACUUAAACCAACUGCAGUAUGCUUUGAAAAAUGGUUGGCAGUAAUGUUGAUGUUGAUGUUAAUGAGAUUUAGCUGAUCAAUAGGUUGACACUCCUCUCAUGUCUGUACACUAAAUAUGAGGUCACCACUAGCAGCCAGCCAGCAUUGCUUAACACAAAGACUGUAAACAGAGGGAAAUUUAACGUGGCUCUGUCACAAAGUAACAGAAUCUGUCCAUUCUCUCCUCUAACGCCAUGUGGACAUGGAAUGUGGAAGCGCGCAGAUGUGUCAAUUGACAUGCAAGCAGUACGGAGCAGUUGCCUGGCCAUUGACACCACAAGUGUAUUUCUUCUCACAGGCCAACAAGCGAUUCUGCUCUGCUCUGUUGUAAUUACAUGUAGAGCUGUGUGUGUGUGUGUAUGCUUGAGUAUCUUCUUGUCUUGCUCGCUCUCUGUUUACAUACAACUGACACAAAUGUAAACAAGUAAGGAUGGAAUGCAUAUUUUAGAAUUCAUAAGAUUCAGAUCAUUUUUAUCAUCUAUAACCUUUAUAUUGUUUAUGAUAUAUUAUUAACGUGCUUUCUUGCCAGAUUUGCUUACAGAAAAAAACAGACCAGACGCUGAAACUAUGGCUGCAUGUUGCAAUCCCGGCGUAGCGCAGCGCAUCCUAGGUGAACGGCUCAAAUGAUUAACAUGAGUGUCAAGGGAUGCGGACAGUGCUCCACAAAAAAAUCACUGUGCUUUGCAGCACUUCCAGUGUGAACUCGGUGUAAAGCUCACUAAUACAUUGUAGUCUCUGUCGGUUGCUUGGCAUCCUCACAUUGACAACAGGACUUCAGGAAGGGACUGCCCCUGGCCAGCAUAUAGUCCAGUACAUAAACUCCUGUAAACCCACUAACUUAUCAAUUAUAAAGCUUUAGAAGAGCCACUAGUGGGAUAUACCUAUCUUUUCGACUCUAUGCUAAGUUAAGCUAACCAACUGCUGGAAGUAGCUUCAUAUUUAGCAUACACAGGCAUGAAUCCAGUGUCAAUCUUUUCAUCUGAUUCUCGGGAAUGUUGACCAGAACGUCCAACUAUUCCUGUAAGGCUACGUGAUUUGUAGCAAGUGGACUGAGAUUUGUAGAAGCAAAAUAAACAAUGGUAUGGUCCUUCAAGUGUCAGACAUGAGCUUCAUACCUCCUACAAACGCUGUCUGAAUGGAAGAGUUUGAUGCUUUAUAUUGAAUGCACUUACUGUUGAAUCUGUUUCUGGUGAAUUCAGCCGAGACGCCUCACUUCCUAACUUGCUUUCAAACUCAUAAUGUGUGUAUUUAUGCAACACAGAGAACUUAACAUAGUGCACUGUGGUUUAAAAUGUGAAACGCUCUCGGGGUGUUGUUUACUGUGAUUGCGGGUGCUCUUAUCUACUGUACCUAUCAUCACUGUAAAGAAUCUGGCUAGUGUGUUUUACUGGCACUCGAACUGAGUAGUUGUUUCAGACAGGUAAGGGAUUGACAGAGGAGGUUUGGGGAGUGACAGAAGCAGUCUGGGGAGUGACAAACAGUUGGAGAGUGUCAGAAGCAGUUUGGAGAGUGACAGAGGUAGUUGAGGAGUGAGAGAAGCAGUCUGGGGAGUGACAGAAAUGGUUGGGGAGUGAGAGAAGCAGUUUGGGGAGUAACAGAAGCAUCUUGUUGCUCAGGUGAGAGUGGAAAACCUGUAAUUCCCCAUGAAAUAGUCCUGCUAAUAUUUGGUCAUUUCUGUGUGUUAAUGUUCUGUUAGAGGAGGAAAGAGGAGGCGUGUGCAUUAUAUGCCACUUCAUGUAUGUUUUUCUGCUGCUCUAAUACCCACUGAAUGAAAACAAAUUAGUGAUUAAGAAAAACAAAAAAGACACCAGAUUAUAAAAGAAAAUGAAAAUGCUUUGUGAGGGAUUGUUUCUGAUACUUUGGCAACAUUUAUGACUCUAUGCUUGCUGUAGCAUUUUUUAUUUUGUCCCAGAAGAAAGCUGUUGAAAAAGACUAAUUGAAAGCACCUUUGUAAAAAAAAAAAAAAAAAAAAACACAAUGCCAAAUACUACUUUUCUUUUUGCUGUUUUAGGGUAAAUAUCCUCCACACAACAAUGUUUUAUGGAUGGAUUGUUAGUGUUAUUAAUUUUGUCUCUUUUUUUCCUCCCAUCUGGCCCUUUUCUCGACCUCUGGGUGGGACUCAGGAGUUGUAAGGCUGGUACUCUCAUAUCAAUGAGCACUACUCUGUGGAUACAGUGAAUGUGUAGAAAGCCUUGUAGUAUUGCAUUGUAUGUAAUGUAUAUAAUGAAUAAAGAUUGUAUUUUGUUCAGGUUUUCUUAA